AUGCCGAACGACGGCUGGGUGGGCCCCUGGAGACCCCACCGGCCCCGGGGCCCCACCUCGGCCGUGUACGGCAGCCCCGGGCCCAAGUACGGAGUCCCCGGCGGCAUCGGCAAAGACCAGCGCGACCCCUCCGGCCGCCGCGCCCCCGCCUUCACCUUCGGCAUGAGGCUGGAGGGCCCCGAGGAGCCGCGCUCCCCCGGCCCCCAGUACCUGGUGCCCGCCGGCUGCACCGCCCGGGGCCGGGAACGCGGCCCCGCCUUCACCAUGGGCGGCCGGCCCCGAGAGCGCCGGGCCAGCGACACCCCCGGGCCAGCCUAUUAUUCCCCGGAGCAGGCAACCAGGGUGACCCUGCCCUCGGCGCCCGCCUGCUCCGUGCGGUCCCGCGCCCGCCCGGACAAACCCCAGCAGACGCCAGGCCCUGCCACCUACCAGCUGCCACCCGUGGUGGGUCCCCGCCUGGUGCACAAGGCAUCGACCCCCCAGUACACCAUGACAGGGCGAGGCCCCAGCAUCUUCGACGACAAUAAAAAGACCCCAGGACCCAACAAGUACUGCACCGUGGACACGAACCUGUACAUGGUGCGGGCCCCCCGCUGCACCAUAGCGGGGCGGACCCCCUCCCGCCUGACCUCCACCACGCCCAGCCCCAGCGACUACUACCCCAAGCCGGACCGCAAACAAGGACAGACCUUCGGUGUGCGCCACUCGGAAUCUGUGGUCCCCGUGAUGGACUUGCAGCUGUAG